AUGACUGAAGUGCCGUCUCCGCUUCAGAUAGGCUUACCAAACGUUGGACGGAAGCCAUCGGUUGCUGCAGUCUCUGCCGCGCUCCGUGUAGGAUCUCCAGCUGCUGAGUUUAGCAAUGCGCCGUGGGCUGCGCGACCACCGAUCACGCGGAAGAAUACAUCAGGAUCAAGCAGACUUUCACAACUCUUCCCGUCUCGGCCAUCGUCCAUUUCAUCAGCCAACCCGACAGACAUCGGUGCCUCUUCGCAGCGUACGUCCCACCCGUCGCCUCUGCUACCUGCCUCUCAGUCUCGACAAAAAUCAUGGGGUCCGGCGCCUCCUCCACCCCUAACAUUCCCUGAAACCACUGCGUACGAACCGUCGGCUAGUCCUUUUGAGAUUCAAGGCGCACCCACCUCCUCACGUUCCAGUGGUAGUACUAGGAAAUUAUUCAGUCGGCUCACAUCAUUAAGAGGACGAGGGUUUUACGAUCGCCUCAACGAUGAGGAUUCACAUAUGGGCAAGCGCCAGCUGAGAGAUUUGGAAGAAGGCAACGAGCCUUUUGAAACCUUUCGAAAGAACUCCAGCGCCAUACAAAUGAGUCAGAUCAGCUAUUCCAAGAAAGUGGACGGCACUGCAAGUGCCUCGGAGCAGCACUACGACUUCAGUGAAGCCGGCUACGCUGCUGAGUAUGAAAGACUAGAGAGUCAAGUCGGCCUUGGCGCAGGCAUGAAGUCGAUCUUCGAGAAACCCUUUACACAUGUACCAGCACCAACAGGGCCUGGAAGUUACGCAAGGCAGUCACGCGGAGAGCCUAAUGCAGACAUUACGGUUUCUCAGGCUCGAAAUGCGCAGGAAGAAGCUGAGAAGACGGGUGGCAUCGUUGCUGUUGCAGAAAUUCCAGUUGACAUCAGCGACUCGUUUGGUGGGACUGAUUUCGAAACGCGGAGCAUGUUGACUAGCUCUUCACAUCACGGUAAGAGCGAAGCACAGAAGAGCUACUUCUUCCCAAAAGAUCCGGACAUGCCAUCGUGGCGCCCUCUAACUAUGGGAUGGCCCUGGCUUGCCAUGCUUACAUCCAUUGCGUUGGCGCUUGCUGCUCUUCAGGAGUGCCUGUGUCAAAAAUCUACGAGGUCCAAAGAAGGUCUCGCAAAAUUCACCAAAGCCGACGACCUCACUCUUGCUGUGUUCUUCACAUGGAAAUAUGCUCCCAUUAUCGCCUUUGUUUUCUACGGCAUACUGUGGCAGAUGACGGACUUCGAAGUGAAGCGACUCGAGCCAUAUUACCAAUUAAGCCGUAAGACGGGUGCUACUGCCGGAGAAUCACUCAACAUGGACUAUCUCACGUUCAUGAGCUGGCUAGUUCCGCUACGAGCUCUGCGACAUAGGCAAUAUGCAGUCAUUUGGAGUUCCCUGGGCACCUUGGUGGGCAGCAGUCUGGUACCCGUACUCCAGUCGGCAUCGAUCAAGGUGGAUCCUCCGAAGGAGGAGCGGAUUAGUGCUGAGGAAAAAUACAUCCGCAUCGACCCACCCUGGUCUCGAGCAGUAUCAGGGUGCCUCGUCUUCGUUGCUAUCUGCGGUGCAGCGUUGAUGUAUGCCAUGCGUCGUAAAAGCGGACUACUGUCUAAUCCUCAAGGUAUCGCUGGUGUUGCAGCCAUGGCCACCAGAAGUCAUAUUCUCACAGACUUCCAUGGCCUCGAUGAAGCACCACUUGAGAAGAUUCACAAACGGCUUCGUCAUCGCCGUUAUAUUCUCCACAAAAGUAGCCUAUGGCAGGGAGAAUACAUCCGGAACGCAAAAGAGAGAUUCUACGACCACAGUGCAGAUCCCAGACCCCUGAUGUUACGACUCAUACCUGGAGUCGCAUUCGUCAGCUACAUUGUGCUCUUUACCGCAGCUAUUCCGGUAUUCACCUUCCUCGAAGAGACUAGCGUCGUGACGGAUAAGCUACCCUUCCUCCUUACUGGUCUUGCGACGAUUGUCAGGAUUCUUUGGAACACCAUGAACUGCGACGUUCGUAUGCUACAACCGUUCUACAUACUGUCCAAACGAAAUGCGUCGGCUCAAACACUGACGCUUGACUACGCUGGCACAAAUCCCCUCUACCUACCUGUCAUCGCCCUGUUCAACAGGCACUGGCUCGUUGCACUUGUGGCCUUCGGAUCCGUUCUUGCUGAAGUCCUGACUGUGUGCGUGUCGUCUAUCAACGUGGACGGCAAACGCUUCUUCCCUGGGAUGGGUGGCGACGACGACGACGAGCAAGAUGGCAAUGACAGACACAAUCAGGAGCAGACAUUUCGAUCCUUCUGGGUCUCGCUCACGCUCUCAAUCCUCAUUCUACUGUAUCUCAUCAGUAUUGCAAUCCUCACCUACAUGCGCCGCUCCCACAAAUUUAUGCCUCGCCAGAUCGGCACCAUGGCUUCAGUCCUGGCCAUGAUUUACCAGUCGAAAAUGCUUCUGACAUUUGUCGAUACAGAGAAGUUUACCAGUAGCCAAAUGACCAAGCAUCUGGAGGAGCAAGAGAAAAGAUACGCGCUUGGCUGGUUCAAGGGUCGUGACGGUGAUCAUCACCUGGGUAUUGAUGAGGAACCCAUUCUGGACGGUUAUGUGUAUGGCGAGAAGUAUAGGGAUAAGAGAUUAUUAGGGCAUCAGAUAGGGACUUGGGAGCAGUAUUGA